AUGUUCGUCAAAACACUGUUCUCUCUUGGCCUCGGCGUUGCCGCCGCGGCCAAAUACGCUGCAUCCAAUACGACCUCUGCAACCCGUCUCGAUCAACUCCCAACUCUGAGCGCAGGUGCUGAUUGCGCAUGCGGGCAACUGGCCGCUCAAUUUGGCAAUUCUCUCUUGACCACAAAUUCAACAAACUACACCGUCCAGGCUCAAGACUAUUACGACAUUCGCGCUGUGCUUGCGCCCAAGUGCAUUUUCCUCCCCAAUGAUGCCGCCGAGGUGGCUUCGGGUAUGGCCAUCCUUGCAUCAUGCGGGGCACAGUUUGCCAUUCGUGCCGUAGGCCACAUGAAUUUUCCCGGUGCCAACGAUAUCGACGGUGGUGUGGUGCUCGCCCUCAACAAUCUCAAAGACAUUCAAGUCAGCCCUGACAAUAAGACCGUCCAGGUCGGCCCCGGCAAUCAGUGGGUUGAUGUAUACUCGGCGCUCGAUGCAUACGACCUGUAUUGCAUUGGCGGCCGCAUGAAGACGAUUGGCGUGUCCGGCCUGAGCCUGAUUGGCGGCUUCCACUACUUGACCAACAAGUACGGUUUCGCCAUGGAUAACGUCGUGAGCUAUGAUGUUGUUCUGGGCAACGGUACACAGGUGGUCGCCAAUGCUACGUCCAACCCAGAUCUCUUCUGGGCGCUCAAAGGCGGCGCCAAUAACUUCGGAGUGGUUACCAAGUUUGUGCUCAAGACGCUGCCGAUUCACCAGGUUAGCACGACUUUGCAGGUCUUUAACGAAUCAUAUAUUCGCGAGUUUAUUGAUGCCACCGUCGAUUUGACCAAAAGUCAAGACCCCAGUAUUGGCGCGGGGUCCAUCAUCACGAUAUCCUACAACACCACCACCAAGUCCAUGACGGCCGUUCUUCGCGGUGUUCAGGAAGGCACCGAGUCGCCGCCGUCCAGCUUUCAGAAGUUCUCGGAACUUCCGUCUACUUUGACCCAGAACGUUGUGCAGAAGCCCCUUGAGUUCCACGACCAGUUGGAUUCGCCAUUCCAAAUGUUCCGCAUCCAAUUUGGUCACAAGACAAUUAAGCCGGAUGCAGACCAGAUCUACCGUAUCUACGAGGCAUGGAAAGCCGCCGUUGAGGACAUUAGUGACGUGGAAGGACUGAUCCCAACACUCGUCCUCAACACCAUGGCAUCGAGUGCCAUGAGCGUAGCCAAGAAUAACGGCAUCGGCAAUGUGUGGGGUUUGGACGACAAGGAACCAUUGAUCAUUUGGCAAACCUCUACUGGAUGGGAUAAUGCAGCCAGCGAUUUGCGUGUCACGAAUUUCGCGCGCGGAGUUCUGGACGAGCUGCAUGCCGAAAACCAAGCCAAAGGCCUUGCGUCGGAAUUCCUUUACAUGGGCGAUGCAUCAGAAUUUCAGGACCCAUUUCUUGGAUUUCCAGCGGAAAACGUUCAGAAAAUGAAAGACGUAAGAAGUCUGUAUGAUCCCCUGGAUGUCUUCACGAGACAAAACUGGGGCGGAUUUAAGCUUCCCCGGAUAUAG